AUGGCUCCGUACCUCCCUUUCGAACUCAUCAGAAUGAUAGUAUCCUACAUAUUUGAUGUCGAAACUCUGCUUGCCCUACGUUUGGUGAAUGGAAUCUGGCGCGCCGCGGUCGAUGAGUUUCCCGAUCAUCGUCUGUACGUGGAUGUUCUGAAUAGGAACCUGGACCGCUUCGACCAUGUCUCCCAGACUCAGAGUCUCAGAGAAAGAGUCCGAACACUCGUCUGGAAUCUCCCCGAUCGGCCAGCUGUCAAUUUGAUCCCCAAUUCAAAUCAACCGACCUUUGAUGAGGGAUUCCUCGGGGGAAUCCAACGUAUGAGAACGCUUACGACUGUUCUCAGGAGGUUCACCUUGAACAAUGGGGCUUUCCUCUUUCCUAACUUGGCUCACGUAGCCAUCCACUUCCGCCCUCCCCCAAUUCCUCAAGGUCGUCGGUUCACUUGUUCGGCCCUGGAGAGGCUUGUUCAUCUUGGAGAUGUCUUUGAGUGCGCUUUCAUGGGUCUGAAUGGACUGAGCGGCCUGGAUGAGAUGUCGAUUCUGAAUAUUCCCGUUGGAUUCUUUCUUCCGUUGUCAAUUCCUGGCGAAACUGUCUCCCAAUGGUUGUCCUUGGGGCGAGUUAGCAGCCUUUUCCGUCUGAAAUCCUUGCGUUUGGGCUUUGUCGGGCCAGAGACAUGGCCACGCAGCAAUGGGAUGUGUCAAGAUAUCCGGCCAGUUGGAGGAUUCGACCUCUUGAUCUACCCCGUCCGACACACGCUUCGACACUUGUCUAUCUCUAACUGGGGAUUCUACAUGAAGAACCCUCCAAGGUCCAUUGCGGGGGAAUUGCUUCUUCCCGUUCUAGAAAGUCUGGAGCUUCGCAGCUGUGGAUUUGCAAGCGAUUAUACCUUAUCAUGGAUCCUACGGCACGCAUCUACAUUGCGAUCAUUGAAACUCGAUGAUUGUGCCAUCAUCUUCUCCAUGGAGCUGGGUCCAACUGGCCCAGCCGAGACCGAAACUGCCCACGUGGUUAUCGACCUCAAGGCAGGCAGGGUGAAUCAGGCCUAUCGGCUCUUAUGGGCAACAUGGUUCCAGGUGAUCGCGAAUGGUUUGCCCCAUCUACACCAAUUCGAAUUUGGCAGUAGCAGAGUCCGCGCACCCGGCGAAAUUGGCCCAAAGUUUCGAUCUGAGAUUUCCGAGGGUCCGACAUUCGGUCAUACCGACCAAUUCCUCUUUGGGAUUUUCCCUGACCGAUACCUCGAAAUGAAAGAUGGCGAUGGGAAUACCCCAUGGGUUCUACGCCGGAAAUCGCGAAGCAAGUGCAUGGCCCGCCCCGCAGCUGAUGAAGGUGAUCUUGCGGCACUGCGCAGUCUUCUUGAACGUAUCGGCCAGGUUGUACGUGAGAAUGAUGCUUCGAGUCAUGCUGCCAACGUGAACAACCUGAUCGGGUCAGUCGACACCAAUUCAGAAUACUGA